AAAAAGAGACAAUAAUUCAAGGUUGGCCUUGGUCUUUUUUUAUUGGUUUUUUUCUAUCCUCCUCCUUUUUAGCCUUGUUUCCACUGACACUUGGCAUUGUUUUUUCUUACCUGUUGUCUAACGAAUUCCAAUGAUUUAGUAUGGCUACGAUAGAAACGGCUUAUUACGUUCCUACACUUCUCGGUCUUUCCACCACCUUUGGCAUAUCUUGCACCAUCAGCGCUGUAUGCGUCAUUGCAUUCGAAGGCUGUCGAAGGCUAGACUCCAUGCAAUGCCUUUUCUCGCCUCGUACUCGAUUGCUCACCAAUACAGCCCCUCCUCCAUUAUCGAAAACACCUUUUGCAUGGUUGAAAGCAACGUUUUGGUUGGACGAACCGUACUACAUCCAACGAGUCGGACUGGACGCUACCAUGUACCUUCGUUUUCUACGCAUGGCCGUCCAUUUUCUCGUAUUGCAAGCCUUGAUCGUCUGUCCUGUGUUGCUUUCCAUUCACUGGACGGCGUCACCCUGGGAUCAACGAAGCGAAUGGGAUAUGACUCAUACCGCCCUGCCGAAUGCCACCCUCGACGAUCACCACGUCGACCAAUUUCGAAGUAACUCGACCUUGUACUCGCUGUCCAUUGCCAACAUACCCGAUCAUAAUCCCAUCCUGUGGGUCCAUGUACUUUUCAUUUUCUCCGUCAGUCUCACCUGGCUGUGGCUGCUGUUUGUGAACCACUGGCAUCACUUGCAGUUACUGCAGGUCACAGGUCCUAGUCACUUGAUUCAUGCGCGGUCCAUCCUGAUAUCCAAUGUACCCAAUCACCUUCGGAACGAAGCUUCACUACGCUACCAUUUCUCCAGUGCGCAAAUCGGGUCCAUUGAAUCCAUUACACUGGUCAGUCGUACCGCAUGCAAAGCAUUGGAACGAGCUUUUGUGCGGCGAGAAAAAUGGCUCGAUCAAUUAGAAUUCCAGCUUAUUGCCCUGGCUCGCAUCAUCAUUCAAGAAGAUAAACCAGCAUCGGUUCUUUUCGAUGAGGACCAAUGGACGGAAUUACCGCUAAAAGCGCAGAAACGAGGCAUCUCUUUGGAAGCCAUGCAGGAGUUGAUGGACCAAUUGGAAGAACUUGAUAGUGAGAUUAAACGCCUUCGCAAUGUGAAUGAGUCACCCGAAUAUUACAUGCCCACCGGCACUGCAUUCGCAACCUUUGCAUCACCACAUUCGGCGCAAAUUUGUGCCCAGAUUGUCACGUCCUGGAAACCUGGUGUCAUGGAGACCCGUAUGGCGCCGGAACCCAGGGAUCUUUUAUGGCCAAGUCUGUUACGAAGAGGACGUCGGGACAAGAUGAUGGGCAAAUUGCGCCAAUGCGUUGUAUUCAUUGCCGUCUGGACGCUCACCAUUUUCUGGCUGUUCCCGAUUUCGUUCAUUCUCGGUUUAACGUCGAUUGAUUCUCUGUCGCAACAUUUCGGAUUUCUUCGAUAUUUCCUCGAUACAUCCAUUGUCGUGCGCAGCUUUAUUCAGAAUAUCCUUCCCGCCUUGCUCGUCACCUUGUUUAUGAGUUUAUUGCCAUGGAUCUUGCUCGAAAUAUCAAAGCAGCAAGAUUUCGUGUCCUACUCGGAAUUGGAAGAUUGCGUGCUUGGAAGAUAUUAUCAUUUCGCUAUUUUCAAUGUGUUGAUUGUAUUCCUUUUGGGCACGACAUUUCUGUCAACGAUGUUGGAUGUAUUAUAUGAGCCAGGCAAGCUGAUUCAGUUGCUCGCUAAUUCGCUGCCGCAGGGAGCCAAUUUCUUCCUUAACUACAUCCUGUUCAAUUCCGCCACCCACGCCAUGGAACUGAUUCAACUUGGAUCUCAAAUUUUUGGUCAUCUUAUCCUUACCGUACCGUGGAUUUCACGAACCCCGCGCAUUCUCAAGCGAUUCACAUCGCCGUGGUCGUUUCCUUACUAUUACUAUUACCCUAAUCACAUCCUCGUGCUGGUCAUCACUGUUACGUACUCGGUCAUUCAACCUCUUAUCCUUAUUUUCGCCUUAUUCUAUUACACACUAGCUUUGGCUUGUUACCGACAUCAGUUUGCCUAUUGCUACGUGCGUCGGUACGAAUCCGGCGGGUCACGGCACUAUCAACGCAUGGCACGGUACACGUCGGAUGGACUGCUUAUAUUUCAAUUGACAAUGGUGGGCUUGUUCUACCUCAAAGGGGUGCUGUCAGCGGCAACGGCGAUUCUGCCUUUGAUAAUCUUUACCAUUUGGACCAAAGUGAAAUUUGUUCGCCUGUUUGCCCGCCGGGCUAAACAUCCAUACGUAGGCAAAUUCACCACGGCAACGAGCAAUGAUCCUGCGAUGGCGGAUGGAGCGUCCGCGACCAAAAAAUUCCAUCGACCUAUUCCUCGUUCACGAUGGCUCGCGUCAAUUGACGAGAUAUGGAAGUUCACCUAUUUAAAGGCUUGGUGGGCUCACGGACGGUACGCGUCGCAAAUUUUUGCCCAGUCCAGUGUGGCCGACGAUCCAAGCAGUCGAAAACCGGUGGUGGUGGAACCUGAAGAGGUGACUGCGGCCUCGCGUCUGCGAGAAAUGAGCGGAAGCAGCAGUACAAACAAAAGCGUGCGUGCAAGCCCCACCAGUACCUUGUGUACGGACGAGCAGUUAUUGAAAGAAGUGGACGAACACGACUUGACCGUAUUACCAAACGAUGCGAAAUCGGCCAUUGACACUUAUGACCAUCCAGCUCUGGUGCGCGAACUGGACAAUACUUUGUAUCUACCUCGCGAUCCCACCCUCAAAAGGUGGGACUUGAAACAGUGUAUCAAGCUCCAACUAGAAAGUAUGCACUAUGCAUUACAGCAACUCAAAGCUACGUCCCCCUCCUCCGACAGCUCGCCUCCGACGCAGCGUCCUUCCGGAGAAAUCCAGAUUCAUGUAUCAUAGAAUUCGUCUACACAUUUAUAAGAAUAAAAAAAAACUGCAACGGCUACCAGCA